AGCAUGCGCAGAAUUACCCCACCGCACGAGCUGAUCAAGACUAAGAUGAAAAUUCAUGCCGGGUUAGUUUUUUCCCGGAACGUUCAAGAAACCGACACGAACGGAUUACAAUGAGUGAAUUACACCAUUAUAUCUCUUUAAAAAUAAAUAAAAAUAACGUGAGGAGUUAAAAUGGCGAGAAUAACUUAAAUUUAUAAGUUUAAGUGAAGUUAAAACCAAAAGAUCAAAUAUCAAAAUGGAAACUCAGCUCGGAACCUACUCUUUAUCAUCGGAUAAUAAGGGUAUACUUUCCUUACUCAGUGCAAUAGAGCAGUCGGAAGAUAUUGAUCCAGACGUUUCUCCGAGUAAGAUUGUUGACAAAGAUCCUCUGUCUGCUGUUAAUUUUCCACAGUUGCAGAGCCAUUUAAACCUGGACAGUUUGGAUAUGAAUGGAGAUCUUGUCUUGUCGAAUUUUAGUUCGUGUCUAAUAUGUGGAAGAACUCCUGGCAUUGAUAAUCAGAACGACUCCAUGGUGGAUAUUUUCUCUGAAAUAUCUAUUCCAGGUGAAAAGGGUUCUACUUCUAUACACACAGUAAUCGAGGAUAUUAUUCCCAUCCGGUUAGACAGCACUAGACCUCAAUCAUUCUCUUGUGUUGAGUGUUUUGCUGUGGUAGAUGCAAUCGCUAAACUCCGGGUUCAAAUUAAUGAAUACAUUUCUGUGAUAAAGACAAGGUAUGAAGAGUCAUGUCGAACCAAGUCAAAGUUUCCCUCCGUGUCAGAUUACACGUCAGUAUUAGAACUGAAAAUGCCUCUCAAUAUAUUUAAUGUUCGUGACGAGGAAGGUUUAACAAUGUCUCCGGUCAAAGAAUUCCAGAAGAAAUCUAAGCUUCAAAUCCUUGCUGAAACCCUAGAAGGAGAACAUCUGCCCAGAGAUAAACAGAUCUCUGAGGAGCCUGACGGAAAUCUUACUUUGAACAAAGAGAACAAGAUGUUAUGUAACCCAACAUGUGAUAAAUGUGGAAUUGAGUUCGAACCUGGACCUAGGCGUAACAAAACUUUGAAGACUAGGUGCAGCCCUUGCUCGAAGGUUGGGCGUUCCAAGAAAGUUUCAAAGACGCACGACUGUGCUUUUUGUAGCAAAUCUUUCAAGUGCAAGAGCAGUCUUAACGAACAUAUCCAGCUCAAGCAUUUCGGGAAUUCCAAAGUUCACCCUUGCAGUGUCUGUCAGGAGAAGUUUUCCUCCAAGCAUGCUAGAAUUAUUCAUGAAAGAAUACACAAGAACGGUACAAAGGAUUUGAUUUGUGACGAGUGUGGUGAUAGUUUUCUAACCUUUCAGUCCUUACAAUUUCACAGGAGUAAACACACUGGAGACUUCUCAUACAACUGCAGUUCAUGCGGGAAAGGAUUCAACAAUUUUAAACUAUUGGAAGAACAUUCUCAUAUACAUACUGGGCAGAAACCUUACGCUUGUUCAGAGUGCAAUAAAAGUUUUGCCAACCGUGGCAGCCUUUGGUUGCAUAAGAAAAAGCAUGAUGUUGUAAAACCGUACAUGUGCGACUACUGUAACAAAGUGUUCGGGCACUCUUCACACCUGGUUGUACAUAAACGUAUGCAUACUGGUGAAACACCGUACAAAUGCAGGUUUUGUGCUGAAGGCUUCAUUUCCGGAAAUCACUUAAAACGACACAUGAAAAUCCACCAAAAUGAGCUUCCUUACGCUUGUGGGAUUUGUAAACAGGAGUUCGGGAAGCGCAGUGAUUUUGUUAAACACGGGAAUACAGUUCACAACGGUAAUAUUAUUGAUGAUAUCAGAACGAAGGAAAAUACUCCAGUAGAGAACCGUUCAGCUACUUCUGAGGAAGAGAAUACUGUUGAUAAGUAUACAACUAUACUAGUUGAGGAUAACGAGAGAAUAUUACUAAGUAAUGGAUCUGAAGAGUUGCUUAAUGCCCCUAGCGGGGGCUACACCAACUUCCCUCAAAGCAUUCAAGUAAGCAAGUAUCUGCCGGUCACUCUUCUGAAUGGACUGGAGGAGGAGGAUGGUAAGGAGGAGUCGGACCAAACCAUAGUCUUCAUAGAGAUGCCGCAGAGCAACUAUAUGGAGGUGGAAUUAGAGGAGGAAGGGGAGGGAUAGAACGGAAACUUGAACAAGAUCUGAUUUUCGCUAAUAUCUGUCUGUGUUACAAUAUUCCAACUAGUGAUUUUAAAUGGAAUACAGGGGUGAAUAUUUUUCUCAGCGCAACUUUAAUUUCAUGAUCUAAUACUGAUCAAAAAUAUGUCUCAUUUAAUUCCUAGUUAGUGUUUUUUUUUUACUGAAAAAUAUCUACCCCUGGCUGGAGGCUUAUAAAUCGCAUUUAUUAGACUAAUGUUUUACCGCAAUUUUUACAAGAUGCCACAUUUUCUUGUUGCUAAUAACCAAAGGAGAAAUUUUAACUUUUAUAUCUAAUUAUAUUUCAGAA